AUGAAGACUUUUGGCAGACCGCUAUUAACAGUGUUAAAAACGUCAGGCGCGCGAUCAAUUGCUAGCAAUGUUCCAGAGAUAAGAAUUUAUGAGGUGGGCCCGAGAGAUGGACUGCAGAACGAACCAAAAUUCGUUCCAACGGAAGUUAAAGUCGAGCUGAUUCAUAAAUUGGCGUCAGCUGGCUUAAAGAAUAUUGAAUCAGCCAGUUUUGUAAGUCCAAAAUGGGUAAAACAAAUGAGUGACGCCGUGGUAGUUAUGAAAAGUAUCAAAAGAGAGUCUGAUGUUAAUUACCCCGCGCUUGUCCCGAAUUUGAAAGGAUACGAAACUGCCAAGACUUGCAAUGUGGAAGAAAUAGCGAUAUUUCCAGCGGGAUCUGAAGCGUUCUCUCAAAAAAAUCUGAACUGCUCAGUAAAACAGGGGCUCGAUCGAUUCCGAGAAGUAGCCCAACAGGCCGUCAAGGAUGGCAUUAGAGUUAGAGGUUACGUCUCGUGCGUUUUGGGCUGUCCGUAUGAAGGCCCGAUUAGUCCCAGGACUAUCGCAAAGAUCACUGAGGAACUACUGGCGAUGGGAUGUUACGAAGUAUCGCUCGGUGACACAAUAGGAGUCGGAACAGCGGGGUCAGUACGGCGUCUGAUGAAAGAAAUACUCCAAGUCGCGAAACCGGAAAACAUCGCUCUGCACUUUCACGAUACAUACGGACAGGGUCUCUCAAAUUUACUCGCAGGACUGGAGUUCGGCGUAAGGACUGUGGAUUCUUCUAUCUCCGGUCUGGGCGGGUGUCCUUACGCCCGAGGAGCUAGUGGAAAUCUAGCCACGGAAGAUCUCGUCUACUUGCUCUAUGGCCUGGGGGUCAACACGAACGUCGAUCUAGUAAAGUUGGUGGAAGCCGGCCGCUUCAUUUCGAACUUUCUCGCCAAACCCACAGAGUCUAAGGUGAAUCGAGCCCUGGGUGACAGGUUUAAUAACCAUUUGGACGUCGUCAAAAUGGCAUCUUGUACCGCUCAAUAG